AUGAUUAAUUAAUAAGUGUUCGAAUAACUCAAUUCCAUUCUCUUUAAGCAAAAAUUCGAAAAUCAAAUCAAGAGUAUGUACCCUACCUAAAAGAACUUAGAAUUCAAGUAAGUAAAUUCUUCGAUAUUAUCAGGUUCAUUGUAUUAAAAAAAGUCGAAACUCAAAUCACAAAGACUUAUAAGAAAAUCACAAAAUAUUGGAUUGCAGAUGAGACUGGGAGUGCAUUUUUGAAUGUGCAUGAUAUGGAUGAAUCAGUCAUAUCUCCAGGAGAUGUAUGUGUAAUGGUUGGUGCCUACACAAAUCUUUUUAAAGGAAUGAUGAAUAUUCAUUAAGGUAAUUAUGAAAAGCAUUGUAGGUAAGAAUGGUAUAUUCAAAAAAGUGAGUGAGUUUGAUCUUCAAUAUUCAACCUACCCUAAUCAUAGUUUAAAAAAUUGGGGCAAUGAUUAAUAAACCACUUAAACUUGA